UUGAGCUUCAUAUGUCGAGGUUUUUACGUUUUAGUUGCAACAAAUACUGGCAUUCCUCGACCACCAGUACCAAAUAGCAUUGAAAGCGCGCCACCACCUACACCUACUGUUUCUCAAGCACCUCCUGUGAAACGAAGAGAAAUUUACAGGUACACUUCAAGUAGGCCUUUAUUUGCUUCUGACUGGUCGUCGAAGACACAUCCUGAUAAAAGAUGGCGUGUUGCAGUUGGAACUUUUGUUGAGGACAAACCUCAAGAUAACAAGGUGCACAUCAUUCAGCUUGAUGAGCAACAAGGUGAUCUGGUAGAACGCUGUUCUUUUGAACACUUUUUCCCACCCAACUGCAUCCGUUGGAUACCGGACCCACAAAAUCUUUACCCCGAUAUACUUGCAACGAGUUGCGAAGUUCUAAGAAUAUAUCGAGUUGACAAUGGCGUUCAACAGGAAUGUGUUUUGAAUAAUAAACAAGCAGCUAAUUAUUCGGGUCCUUUAACUAGUUUUGAUUGGAAUGAUGUAGAUCCAUCCCUUAUUGGCACAGCAUCUAUUGACAUGAGUUGUACUAUUUGGCAAAUUGAGACUGGACAGUCAAUUUCUAAAACAAAAAGGACAACUGGCAAUGUUAAAACACAGCUGAUUGCUCAUGAUAAGCCCGUGCAUGAUAUCGGUUUCUCAAAAAUUGGAAAUGGACGGGACAAUUUUGCUACAGUGGGAGCUGAUGGUAGUGCGCGGCUGUUUGAUUUGCGUAAUUUACAACAUUCGACUAUAGUUUACGAAGACCCGCUGAGAACUCCUUUGAUGCGUUUAGCAUGGAAUAAGCAAGACAGUAAUUACCUUGCGACGUUUGCUGAAUACUCUGUGGAAGUGGUUAUUAUUGAUAUCAGGGUUCCUUGUAGUCCCGUUGCUCGUCUCAGAAAUCAUCGUGGAUGUAUAAAUGCUUUAACAUGGGCACCACACUCUGGUUACCAUAUCUGCACUGCUGCGGACGAUCGGCAAGCAUUAAUUUGGGAUCUCUCUAGCGUUCCACGUCCGGUGGACGACCCUAUAUUGGCUUAUCAGGCUGGAGGAGAGGUGCGGUCAAUCAAGUUCACUGGUCUGCUGCUCAUAGUGACUGGAUUUCUAUAUGCUUUGACAAUUAUCUUGAAAUUUUACGUGUCUAAUUCUCACUGCGGUCACACACUAAAUAUUGGGUGGCCUAGGAAGGAGCCUAGUCAUUAUGCGGUGAGGGAAGUUAUGACCAAUUUGCCUGUUUCAAACCUUUCGUUGCAACAACAUCGCAGUUUCAUGGAUGAGCACAGCAGUUUACAACGUGCUUUUGCAAGCAACCAGUCGCUACAACGUUUUGGUGAGCAAGAGGGAUUUCACGUUUCUGUCUUACGUCUAGAUGAAGUUGCUGGCGAGUUUAUUCACCAAGGGACAUUCGAUCAUCCUUAUCCUGCAACAAAAAUAAUGUGGAUUCCAGAUACAAAAGGGACUUAUCCAGAUUUACUUGGUACAACGGGUGAUUAUUUACGACUCUGGCGAGUAGGAGGAGAAAACGGAGUUCAUGUUGAAGCUCUCUUUAAUAAUAACAAGAGCAGCGAGUACUGUGCUCCGUUAACAUCCUUCGAUUGGAAUGAUGUAGAUCUGUCAUUAAUUGGCACCUCCAGUAUUGACACUACUUGUACCGUUUGGCAAAUUGAGACUGGUCAAGUAAUUGGAACUACGCCAAAGCCGACUGAAGGAAGUGUUAAGACACAGCUUAUAGCUCACGACAAGGAAGUUUUUGAUAUUGGCUUUACAAGAAUGGCCAGCGGACGUGAAAUUUUUGCAAGUGUUGGUGCCGACGGUAGUGUGCGAAUGUUUGAUCUAAGGCAUUUGGAACAUUCGACAAUAAUUUAUGAGGAACCAACUCGAUCUCCUCUUCUUCGACUUGUUUGUAAUAAGCAAGAUCAUAAUUAUAUCGCAACAGUGGCUCAGAAUUCAAAUGAGGUGAUUAUACUGGAUGUCAGAAUUCCUUCUUCGCCGGUAGCAAAGCUUAACAAUCAUCGAGCUCAGGUAAAUGGUAUGGCCUGGGCUCCUCAUUCUUCUUGUCACAUUUGCACUGCUGGUGAUGAUAAUUACGCAUUAAUAUGGGAUCUUCACGCGAUGCCUCGACCUGUCGAUGAUCCUAUCCUAGCAUAUCAGGCAGGCGGAGAGGUUAAUCAGAUUCACUGGGCCCAGGCUUAUCCAGAUUGGAUAUCUAUAUGUUAUGAUCAGUGGCUUGAGAUUUUACGAGUCUAG